GGGCAAUGCAGUAGGCGCAUGACAUCGACCGCGCGCCUACGAAGCAACGCCGCGCCGACGUACAAGGUCCAUCCGGGCGCCGCGACCGCCGACGACGACGACGCCAACGAGCGCGACGACCGGCUCCGGCACAACAAAGAGUUCAUCGAAGAAGAGACGGCGCUCGCGAUCUCGGCCAUUGUCAAAUGGUGGCGCAUGCGCCGUCUGCAAGCGCGCAUCAAGAGCAAAUGGUCCCCCGAGCAACUCCGAGAGCUGCACGAGACGCAGCGAAGGAAGCGGGUGCAGGCGCGCAUCCGAGACAUCUUGAUCUACUGCGUCUACCUCUAUAUCUUUUGCACCGCAACGCUGCUGCCGUACAAAGACGCGAGUCCGUACUAUUUUGCGCGGAAUCUUCGCGGCCUCUUUGAAGACGCUCUCUUCACGGUGCGAGGCAGUGCGACGCCCAUGAGGUUCCAUGAGAUCCGAUCGACGGACCACGUCCACGCUUGGCUGCAAGGACCGCUCCUCUCUGGUCUCUACAGCAAUAGCAACGCCAAUCUGAAUACGGGCGCGGUGCUGGGUGGGACAGGCCAGCUCGUCGGCGCGGCGAGUAUUGGGACGCUGCGCGUCAACCGUCAAGACUGCACGAGCGUCCUCCCCACUGGCGUCACCACGGACACUUCGACCUACUACUGCUACGGCACGACAGCCGCGGGGCUCUUCAGCACGGAUGUCGAGUCGACGUCGGCCUUCGGCAGCAACAACGGGUCGGACUUUAGCUACGACCAUGCGGUCAACGUCGCGAGCUGUCGGACAAAGUUCUUUUCAAGCAUCGCAUCCGAAAUGUCAACCGCCAGUUACCCGUGCCCGGGCUUUGUGCAGCUGUUACCGCAGUCGAGUGCAUCCAUCGCUUCCUUGCGCGUCUCGAAUCUGCAAGCGUACGGGUAUAUCGAUGCGGCAACACGGGCGAUCCUCGUCGAAAUCAACGUCGCCAACAUCAUGCUUCGCCGCCUCGUCGUGCUGCGCUUCCUCCUCGAGUUCCCCCCGUCCGGGGGGGUCUUGCCGUCGUCCAGUGUGCAGCUCGCACCGUACGUCAAUGGCUCGUUCGAUUUCGAGACGCAGUGGUCGAUCGCGCUUCUCGGGCUCUUUUACGCGUACUUGAUCGCGCGCCUCGUGUACAUGGGCCGGCGCGAAGGGUGGCCGGCGUUUCGGUGUCUCGGCCCGUGGGUCGACGCCGCCAACAUCUUGUGCUACCUUGUCAUGUGGCUGCUUCGGAUGUCGAUGGGUCUCGACAUUCCGUCGACGCUGCUCCAGAGUGAUGCCUUCAGCAGCUUUGCGCCGUACGCGACGUUCAACCAGCUCAGCGACGGCUUUGCGGCGGCGACGGCGUUCCUCAGCUUUCUUCGGCUCAUUCUCUUGCUCGACAUCAUCCCGCACGUCGCUCUCAUCGUGCAUAUUUUCGUGGCGUCCGUCGCGGAAGUUGCCGGCUUUUUCCUCGCCUUUGGACUGCUCGUGUAUGCGUAUGCCGCUGCGUUUGUGCUGGUCUUUGGGUCCGCGGCGGCCGACUUUCGCACCGUCCCGACCGCAUACGCGUCGCUUCUGCGGUCGCUUGUCGGCGACAUCGACUAUGCCGCGCUCUCGGCGGCCAACCCCGUGGCGGCGCCGCUCUUUUUGGCGGCGUUUACGCUCACCGCUGUGUUUGUGAUUUUGACGAUUCUGAUUGCCAUCAUGCAAGACGCGUACUGGAAAGGGAAGGAGAAGACCGAGUGGGACCGCGUUAGCCUCGUGUUUGAGACCGUGAGCUACGUCUGGUCGGCCUCCAACAGCAUGAUUCGACUCCUCGCCAACUGGUUUGGGGUGCGCGCGGCGCUGGACGCCAAGGCCAAGUCGCACAAGCCCAAUGCUGCUGCCGUCGUCACCGCAGCGCCGUCGACGCGCCUCUCCAUGGUGCAAAACAUGGUGCUCAAGCCCCUUCUCUCGACGCAAGAGACGCUCACGCGCGUUGGAUCGCAGCUCACAAAGAACCAGCUCAUCCAGUCGGGCGUGCAAUCGCUCAAGAAAGGGUCGAGCGUCAUGAGCAGCGCCAAGGACCACCUCGUGAACCAGAUCACGUCGGCCAACUUGCUCUCGGGUAUGAACCCAGGCGGCAGCAGCGAGAAUCACUUGACGUACGCGUAUGGGGCCGCCAACGACGAGCAGAUCAAGGCGCUACAGGGCAUGAUCGUGCAGCUAGCCCACCAAAACACAAAGAUCCAGCACACGCUCGGGCAGCUCCAGGCGCAGUUGGCCGAUUUACGGGGCGACCACCCGCCCAGCGACGGCACGUCCGCCGUUGAACCCCCGCUGGACAGCCGCUUAGGACCUACGACCCCAUCCUCCUAACUUAUUAUUUGCCUUCACAUUCCGAUCUAUGGCG